AUGCGUAAUACGCGUCGUCUAAUGCGUGCGCGUGCAAUCGAAAAAGAUAACGGGCCGUUCCUGUCGAAAAGUAGAGAUAAGAAACACGUCUCGGUAGAGUUCGUAUGACUGAACACGAAACAGCCUCAUUUCCCGCGGUCGGAACGUGAAAAACCGCGUGUACGGUAACAGUCCGGUAACAACAGUCCGGCCGUGCGUGGCGUUGUGCGGCGGCGGCGAUGGCGAAAGGAGUAGGAGGAGGAGUAGUAGUAGAGAUGGACGUCCGUACCGUCCGGACACGGGAGACGGAGGAGAAGAAGAAGAAGAAGAAGAAGAAAAAAUACGAAAAUUUCAAAAAAAAAAACCCGACGCGCUUAACAAGCGUGCGUGCGCAGGCGCCCGCGCGACGGGCAGUUUGUCAUCGGGGUCCUUAAUGACCGGCGUUGUACGGACGCUGGACCCGACGACGUGA